CACACAAGCUCACACGCACCUGACGCCGAGCACCGCACGCCACUCGCACACGCACGUUACACAGAAGCGGUCGACGGCAGCCGCGCGAUAUCCGACUCAGUCGACGGACGCAGUUUGCACCGGUACCAUCACUGCCGCCGCGGUCGUCCAUCGUCGUCGUCGAGAGCCAACCCCGCCGAAACACACGCGGCCGCACAAUGACCGUCGUCCACCGGUCCACCACGUUCCGAUGCAUUUUGUUGACUGCAGCAAUUGUGAUAUUUGAUCAUAUCCUCGUCUCUCCAAUUCAUGCCUUACAAAUAAAUGAACAAAAUAACACAAAACGGUCCCCAAUUACAACAUUUCAAAAAGCGAAACAUUUACCGGACGAAAGCUCACUAGAUCCCGUGUCGAACGCAGACGAUGAAACUCAGAGAUCGGUCCGAAAAAGUGCCGUUUUGUACAAUAAAGCUGACAUAACAACAACAACUCAACCAAGUAAUAUUGUUGCGUCACUUUUCCGACUAAAUGAGGAAGAAGGUAAUACGUGUAUUCUGUUGAGGGUAGAUGCUGUCAUAGAAGUAAAGUUCAAAACAAAACUUGGUUCUGAAGACGUAAGGCAAACUGAUCUAUAUGUUCCGGACGAUGCAGAAGUAACUGGUGAUUGCAGCAAUGAGGAUGAUGCAACAUUAAUACUGAAAUGGAAAAAUUUCGUCUUUACCUGGUACUUCACAAAGACUCUUGGAGGAGAAAGAUGGUUUGUCAAGGCAUUGGAACUCGAGAUAAAUACAGCUGAUAAACAUUUCGAUCAUAUAAAAACCAAAGAUAAAAUUGUGCGUUUGUCAACAGUAUCCAGUUAUGGUACACUACUGUUUAUGACACCAGUAGGACAGUCAUAUUCAUGUCAAAAAGAAAUUAGUGUGGUGUUGAGUGAUCAAAAUGUACCUACGAUGAAAGGAUACGUAUUGCUCAGAGCAUUUACUGUGCAGCCGUUCAUAUUUAAAAAUAAUGAAUUUGGACCAGCUUACCAGUGUUCGUCGAUCGGUGCUGGUGCCAUGCGAAACGAAACCGUGCCGUUCAUAUUCGGAAUCACCCUAGCAGCCGUCGCCGUACUUACGGUUGGUGGGUAUGCGGUUUUCAGACACUUCAAAAUCAAGAAAGUCCAGUACGAUACGAUGGAAUAAAUGAUACAAAGCAUGAGAGUUUUAGAUGUGCUAACGAACUGGGGUUUUAUUUGAAUUAUAAAUUAUAUCGUUUUUCAAUUGUUUUGAUCAACACAGCAAUAAUAGACGACGUUUUAUUUUAUAAUAUAGUUUAUAUAAUAUGAUUAGGCUACUAUUCGAUUCUGCAAUUACACAUUUUGUGUAUAGUUUUUCUUUGUAGAAUUUCUGAUACGGCUGAUUUUUAAAAGAAUAUCUGACUAACAUCUUUAUUUAAUUUGUAAAUUAUAUAGGUACCUAUUUGAUAACUAUAAGUAUGCAUUAGUAUUACAAACUUGAUUUAUUUUACAAAAAUUACUAUCAUAAUUUUUUUCAUUUAAAUGAUUCUCAUAACCAUGUACCGUAUUUAAACUUUUUUUAAAUCUUUAUUUUGUUUUAUAUUUUUAGUUAUGUUAUUACAUCAGAAUAAAAAUUAAAACCUAGUCUAGAUUACUGGAUAUCUGAGUUAUUGACAUUAAUCUAUACCUAUAAAACAAAAAAAUUAUAGGGUUCAUUACUGAAGUAUUCUUUCUUAUUUAUUAAAAAUCUAUUUCUAUCAUUGUGUUUUACAUAUAAUAUAUUUAAUCUUAAUCAACAUUAAAGACAUUAGCUAUACACUAUAAAUAUUUAAUUUUUGGACACAUAAAAAUAUUUCAUAAUUAUUGAAUAUUUGUUUGCUAACAUAAUCUCAUUACAGAGUUAAUUUUUUACUAUUUAACUUAAAAACUUACUUUAAAUUGUUAUUAUACGUAUUUUUUUAUUUAUAUAAAAAUAUAAUACCUAUUGUAUUAUCUUGAAUAAUAUGUCUGCUUACAGUCGAUGACGUGUGCCCACGUUAAACUAUAUGUGCUAUAAAAAUAAUUACUGAUAGUGUAAAAUGUAAAUUAAUAUGCAAAUUUUUAUUAUUAUAAAUAUGAAUUAGUUUUGAUUUUAUUCAUCAUAUUAUAUUUAAAUUUUUAACGACUUUAUGUAUAAGUUGCAACAGAAACUAUUGUUAUUCGGAAUGUCAAUUACCUACCUACUAUGCUUUUGUUUUAAUGAUUUGUAUUGCUUGAUAACUGGAUUGAUUUUCGUCAAAAAUCUUAAAACCAACAUAGUGUUGCAGUAAUACAAAUUACUCAUAAUAUAACGGCUAUGUUACUUUACCCUUUAUGUACUAUUCAUUACAAUAUUAAUUAAAAUAGAUGAUAUCAUAUAUUAUUAUAGGUAUAGUUUACAAAAUAAUUUAGUACAUUAUAAUAUAUUUAUACCAAUUUAAUUUUAAGAUACUAGACUUUAUUGUUGUAAGCAAUAUUAAUGAAGCUCUUUAGCAGUUAAGUUAUGUUUUAAUUUCACAUAGAAAGUCUAAUUUAAUAAUAGAUUUACCGUUUUUUUACACCUUAAAAUAAUACUAGUUUAUUUGAAAGUAAAAAUUGACUAUAUUUUACUAUUUAACAUUAUGUAGUUGGAAUGAUAAAGAUAAAUUGAUUUAUAUAAUUUUAUUACUACCCAGCAUCCAUUAAAUAUUAGAUGUAUAUUUUCAAACUUAAAAUUAACUUUAAAACUAAAUUUAAAUGCAAUAUUUUAGUUAAAAAAUUUGAUAUUAUUAUCAUUAAUUGUAUUAUUUAGUAUUGUAAGUGUGUACAGUCUUAAGGAUAACGCCCAUUAUUAACGUGUUUUAACUAUAUGAAUUGCGUGGACCAUAGUGGAUUUAAACAUUUCGUAAACAUCUGAUGAGCAUUAAUGGGCUAUAAAAAAAUAUAAAAUUAUACCUAACACUUGAUUCUUUUGAAAAAAAAAAACAUAAGAUUUGCGUUUGUUAUAAGGACCAUCAUUAGUAUAUUAUUAGUUGAAUGUAAGAACUACGUUACUGUGUUCGAAAUAAUCGAACCAAAUUAGAAAUUUCUUAACUGUUUUUAUAUCCACAUUUUACAUAUUUUACUGCAUAUCAUCGUUUCAUUAUCCUCAUUAUUAGUUGAUAAAGUUCAUAUACAUCACUUUAUGUAGACAGUAUACAUAAAUAUAACUUUAAUAAUGUUAUUUGUAUUGUACUUUUUCUAACAAGUAACACGAUAAGUAAAUUCCAUAACACAAGAAAACAACCAUGUUAUAUGUAUCGGCCUUAAGUAUGUAACAUAUCAUGAAGCCGUUAUAAUAUUUUUAACACCACUAUAAUAAAAAUAAAAAUUACUUUCCCCAAAACUAUAAAAUACCUAUCCACCUAAUUAUACACAAAUAUUUCACUCAAUACCGAUUAAAAUUUUUUAUCAACGAAAGUUCAUCAUCAAUAUUUUAUGAUUUUCAAAUAAAGAUUUUUAUAUAGUUAUAUUAUUUAUAACGAUAGGGGAACGCUUAUUGUUAAUACAUCCCUUUUAAAUUAAACUAAUAAAUGAGGUAAAUGUAAAUGAUCGUUAAAUGAGUGGUAACUAAAUUCUGAUGUUUUUACAUAUCUUAUAAAGUUAUAAAUUAAUUUGAUAAAAAUAUUAAAUUUACCUAUAAUAUCUACACAUAGUAAUGUUGUAAUUUUUGAGUUAUUCCAUAUUCAAUAAGUAAUACAUUUAAAAAUUAUAACUAUUUGAAAAAGUUAGUAUCAGAUCAUAUUUGUCAAAAAUAUGUGAUAAAUCUAUUAAAAAAAAAAAAAAAAAUACACGUAAAUUGAAUACCUUGGUUAUGAGUUAAGUUUGAAUAGAAUAAAUUCAAGUGUUACGUGUAACCAAGUAUUAAAGAGUGAUCAAUUAAGAAAUUAUUUAUUUAAUUACCUUCCUAUGAUUACAUUUUAUAAUUGUUUUUUCGCUUUAAUCAUAAACUAUUCGAUUUUUCUUUAAUGAAUAUCAUAGUAUCGAUGUACCUAACAUAUCGUAAUUAUUACAUUUUGCUAACAUAUUAAAAUUGAGUCAAUAAAAUUGCGUAGACUUUUCAUUUGUGAAGAUUCAACGCUUAUCGUUUUAACAUAAAUUAUCAUUAUAUUUACUGUAACUAUAUUCCUAUAUUAGACUGUUCCACAAGCGCACAAUAAUUGUAAUUAACACUAUUUUUGAUUAUUUAGUGAAUACAUAUAAGACAUAAAUGUUUCGGUCUGACCACCGUUUACAUAAAUAUUUACUUACAAUAAAAAAAAAAAAU